AUGGAGAACACUUACGCUUCUCCUAGUUCCGGUGAACUCAAUAGGUUCAAUUUGAUGUCUGGAACAACGACCCGACCCGUCAAAAUCAUUCCUUUACAGCAUCCUUCCACCAGCACCGCAACGACGCCGUCUUCAUCUUCGUUUUCUGGAGUUUUGACCAGAUGGAUUGCGAAGGUGAAGCAGAUGACGUGGAUGGAAUGGAUUGAAUUUUUCUUGCCAUGCUACCGUUGGAUUAGAACCUACAGAUGGCGUGAGUAUUUACAGCCGGAUCUUAUGGCCGGGAUCACCGUCGGCGUCAUGCUUGUUCCUCAGUCCAUGUCUUACGCAAAGCUAGCUGGGCUUCAACCAAUAUACGGACUUUAUUCUGGUUUUGUUCCUAUAUUUGUGUAUGCUUUAUUUGGCUCAUCUCGCCAGCUUGCAAUCGGUCCUGUGGCGUUGACUUCCCUUCUGGUCUCUAAUGUCUUGGGCAGCAUAGUUGACUCAUCAGAGGCAUUGUACACAGAGCUUGCAAUAUUGUUGGCACUAAUGGUUGGCGUUUUUGAAUGCAUAAUGGGGAUUUUAAGGCUUGGAUGGCUUAUUCGGUUCAUCAGCCAUUCUGUGAUUUCUGGUUUUACCACUGCUUCAGCCAUUGUAAUUGCCUUGUCUCAGGCAAAAUAUUUCUUGGGAUAUGAUAUAACCCGAAGUAGCAAAAUUAUUCCACUGGUCAAAAGCAUAGUUUCAGGAGCAGAUAAGUUUUUGUGGCCUCCUUUUGUUAUGGGCUCUAUUAUACUUGCUAUUAUUCUAACAAUGAAGCACCUGGGAAAAUCAAAGAAAUAUUUGCGUUUUCUGCGAGCAGCUGGUCCCCUUACUGCCGUUGUUUUGGGUACAACCUUUGUGACAAUUUAUCAUCCAUCUUCAAUUACAUUGGUUGGAGAAAUACCUCAAGGGCUUCCUAAAUUUUCCGUCCCUAAGGAAUUUGGGCACAUAAAAUCUUUAAUUCCAACAGCGAUGCUCAUUACUGGUGUGGCAAUUUUGGAAUCUGUAGGAAUUGCCAAAGCACUGGCAGCAAAGAAUGGAUAUGAGUUGGAUUCAAAUCGAGAGUUGUUUGGCCUUGGUGUGGCAAAUAUUUUUGGAUCAUUCUUUUCAGUAUACCCUACAACAGGAUCAUUCUCUAGGUCUGCUGUGAAUCAUGAGAGUGGAGCUAAAACUGGUUUAUCUGGGAUUAUAAUGGGAAUUAUAAUGGGCUGUGCACUACAGUUCCUGACUCCAUUAUUUGAAUACAUUCCCCAGUGUGCUCUGGCUGCCAUUGUGAUUUCUGCUGUAAUUGGAUUGGUGGAUUAUGAGGAGGCUACUUUUCUGUGGCGUGUGGAUAAGAGGGAUUUUCUCCUCUGGACCAUCACUUGCGCUACGACAUUGUUCCUUGGCAUAGAGAUUGGUGUACUUAUUGGAGUUGGUGUUUCACUUGCUUUUGUCAUCCAUGAAUCUGCAAACCCUCAUAUUGCUGUCCUGGGUCGACUUCCUGGAACCACUGUCUACAGAAACAUUCAGCAGUAUCCAGAAGCAUAUACAUACAAUGGGAUAGUGAUUGUUCGAAUUGAUGCGCCAAUAUAUUUUGCAAACAUAAAUUACAUCAAAGACAGGCUGCGGGAAUAUGAAAUUGACGAAGAUGGAUCUACAAAACGUGGACCUGAAGUUACAAGAGUUCAUUUUGUAAUUAUUGAAAUGGCUCCGGUCACAUAUAUAGACUCUAGUGCCAUUCAAGCAUUGAAAGACCUCCAUCAAGAAUACAAGUCGAGAGACAUUCAGAUUGCCAUUUCCAAUCCAAAUCGAGAAGUUCUACUGACCUUAGCAAGAGCAGGCGUAAUCGAUCUCAUUGGAAAAGAUUGGUAUUUUGUUAGAAUACAUGAUGCUGUUCAAGUUUGCCUGCAGCAUGUCCAGAGCUUAAACGAGUCUCCUAAGAAAUCAGAACGCUUUCUGGAGAAUAAUAGACCUGGCCGUCUCCAGAAUUUAUUGAAACAGAGAACGGAAGACUACUCUAUCUCUCAAUUGGAGUCAGGUUACCCACAAAACUUCACCUUGGGUGAUGAUAACACUCAUUUAGAGCCACUAUUGUCAAGGAAGUCUUGA